UCUUAUCGUUAAAAGGUUUAUAUAUUUCUUUCAUUCUUUAAUUAAAGGUUUAGAUAAGUAUAUUAUUACUUGCUCUUUAAUCAAGUUCGGGUUAGGGUAUCUGAAUUUGUAAGCUACAUCCAUGGUAGCAAUUCCAAGGGCCAAAACAAUGACAUUUUUUUGUUCAUAUGAUGAUGCCUUUACCAACGAGGAUUUUUCUAGUGUCACUCACAUCGAUUAUAGUAAGGAUUUUAACAUUUCAAAGAUCGCGAAAACAUCAAUAGUUCCUGCUACAGCCUAUAAUUCACCUGAAGUUUCAUUAAGCCAAGAUGUUAUUGCAACAAUUGUUGAGAAGAGUAUGAAAACAUGUACUGACAACCUUAUGCAAUUUCUUGACAUUCACAUUCAGGAAGUACAUAGGUCUGUACAAAUUUUAAGAGUCAAACAAUAGUUAGUUGAAACUUAAAAAGAAUUAACCAAACUACGACUUGCUUGGAAAGGAUCACCUUCCUCAAGCAAUUCAGUCCAACGAGGAGAAAUUUUCCCAUUGUGCCAUUGAUCCAAAAACAGCUGAUAAAUAAUGCUGCUGUUACAUCAUCUGACCCACAUAACCAGAAGCUAGCUCUUUUCUUUUCUCGUCAAGUAGCCUUCCAGAAACAGCCUAUGACCCCCUCAUCUCAAGAUCCAGUUCUACAUGCUGCCCGCAUCUUCACUCAAUCCACGAACUACGGCACAAGUUCCUCAGGUUCAGUAUUUUCCUUCUGAUCUGCAGUAUCAAUAUCAUUCAUCAACCGUACAACAUAUUUUCAGUAUCAGCAGCCGCAGCAUCAGCAACAACAAUGGCCUCAACAGUCACCUCAGCUAGUGCAACCUUUGCAACCACCCUCAAUGCAUUCUAAAAUGAGACCCCCAUCAGUAAAUGCUUACACUCCGUAUCUUACAAGCCAAGCUACAAGUCCACCUCUCACCGACACAUUUCCGUACAGCAUGCCGAUGCAAAAGGCAUAUUCAUGGACGCCACAAACCGAGCGCGUACCUAAUGAAUGAAGGUGGCAGAAAAAUUACUCUCCCAAACUUUCUCAAUUUGCUCAAGGUGGAUAUCCUCCUCAAAGUGCUUCCCUCCAGAAUCCUGCACCACAUAAUCUAACGGUCAGGAAUCCCAGCGAGCUGCAACUUAUGCGUAGCCAUCCUUACAAUGAAUUGAUCUUGUGGUAAGUAUUAAUCAGAGGUGAUCUUGUGGUAAGUAUUAAUCAGAGGAUGGAGGAAACUGGGCAGCCUGUAAAUUUUAAUUAUGUACUUGAGAGGUAGAAUGUACAAAGUUCACUGGGUCUCCAUAGGGGAUGGUCAAGGCAGCAGCUCUCCCUUUCUCAGAAACAGAAUGCGCCGCAGCAACCUACAGUACGUAAUGGGGACAACAAGGCAAGGGAAAAGGAACAAAUACACAAUCAGAGGCACCGACACGGUCGUUAGAGCUAAAGACUGUGUUUUGCUACGCCGUACUGACGCGAUCAAACCAAUCAUAGCCCGCGUGGAAAAGUUUGAGCAGGAUAAUAUGAACAGAAUGAGGGUCUAUGUCAGAAAAUAUUAUCGACCCGAGGAAACCAUUGAAGGACGCGUAUGUUUUCAUGGAGAUAAGGAGCUGUUUUUGUCUAAUCAUUAUGAUGUUCAUAGUGCUGACACAAUUGAAGGGAAGUGUUUUGUGCACAAUUUGAAGAACUACAUGAAGCUUGAAGUUGUAGGUGCUAACGAUUACUAUAGCAGGUUCUGGUACAAUGCUUUUACUGGGGCUAUGACACCUGAACGCGUUGAAGUGUUAUGCAAAUGUGAGAUGCCUUAUAACCCGGAUAGGUUAAUGGUGCUGUGUGGAAGUUGCAAUGAAAGGUACCAUCCUAAAUGCGUGGGCAUGCCUUUUGAAGAAGCAAUGAAAUCUGAAGAUUUUAGAUUUGUUUGUUCAAAAUGUUCACCUGAUUUAAAGGAUUAGGGACUUAGUAAUUGGAUAUUAGUCUUAAAAGCUGUUUUCUUUUUCAAAGGAAAAUAGAUGAACCCUCUGAGCGGCUAGUUGUGGUUGGCAAUGUGUUGAGCUAGUCUGCAUACUGGAUCCCAUGGAAGUUUCUUAUGUUAUGAUAACACUUUUGUUGAUUUUACUUGUCACAUGUGUGUUUCUUCA